AUGGCCCAAGAGGCCAAGUUACAAACUGAAAUGGCCAACAAGGCCAAAAAUAUGACCGAGUUGAAUGCAAGGACUCGAAUUGCAACUUACGUACCUGACAAACAAGAAAAAAUGGCCCAAGAGGCUAAGUUACACCAUGAAUUGGCUGGUAAAGCCAAUUUGAACUACAAAUAUUGCUUUGCAUGGGACUGCAAUGAAAUGUCAGGCCUUAGUAAGAAACUGGUGGAAUUGAAGUUGCCCAUUCAGUCGGGAAAGAAACCCGUGAAGCAGUUACCAAAAAGGUUUGCUCUAGCAGUCAUGUCAAAGAUAAAAGAAGAAAUUGAAAGACUAAUGAGAAGAAAAUUCAUCAAAACAACCAGGUAUGUUGAAUGGCUUGCUAAUAUAGUUCCUGUUAUUAAGAAGAAUGAGACAUUAUGGGUAUGCAUAGAAUUUAGAGAUUUAAACAAAGCUACCCCUAAAGAUGCAUGUCGUAAAAAUGAUUGUCGACUCGCCAACAGGCUAUGA